GCCCUCUGAGCAGAGUGAACUGAAGCUCGUGUGCAAUAACUUUGAGAGGGCUGAGCUGAGCAGCGACGUUGAUGUGAGAAACUGGUGUAUACAGGAAAACACUGGGAAGAUUUGUAAAGCAGAUGCUGAAAUUUCAAGCGGCUUAUCUGCUGCACAGAGAGAGGCAGACGGUUGCUGCCAGAAGCCUGAGAAGAAGUGUGUGGACAAGGUUUGCUCCGAUUCCAGCUCUGACUGCGGAAGCUCGUCAGGCAGCGUGCGUGCCAGCCGGGGCAGCUGGGGGAGCUGGAGCAGCACCAGCAGCUCUGACGGGGACAAGAGGCCUGUGACGGGCCCUCAGCUCUUCCUGGUGGCUGGAGACAGUGUUUCACAGAAUGUUUUUCCUUCUGAAACUCCCAUCUCCUUGAAUCUUUCUCAUAACAUCUGCAAUCCCAUAGACGUGGAUAAUCGCCCACAGUAUGCAGAGCCGUCCUGCCCCAGCCUUCCUGCCAGGCCUGCAGGUGUCGAUGAAGGUCUUUACCCAGCUGGAGACCUGUGGCCCACCCAGCCAGUGUGUCUGACAAGCGGCCUGACCUGUGCUCUGGAGAGCAGCGCACCUUGUGUGGUGCCGGAGCCCUCCGUGGUUCACAACAGCAGUUUCAUUGAUUGGAGUGCAACUUGCGAAGGCCAGUUUCCCAAUGUGUACUGUCCAUUGGAAUUGAACGAUUACAAUGCCUUUCCAGAAGAAAACAUGAAUUACACCAAUGGCUUCCCUUGUCCUGCAGAAGUUCAGACGGACUUGAUUGAUCACAACUCUCAGCCUACCUGGAACACCCCGCCCAACAUGCCUACUGCCUGGGGACAUGCCGGUUUCAUCAACUCUCCGCCCUACCUCACAAGUGCCCGAAGCUUGUCUCCAAUGUCUGGACUUUUUGGUUCCAUCUGGGCCCCACAAAGUGAUGUGUAUGAAAAUUGCUGCCCCAUCAGUCCCACCACGGAACAUUCGACUCACAUGGAAAACCAGGCGGUCAUGUGCAAGGAAUACUACCCAGGGUUCGACCCGUUUCGUGCCUAUAUGAACCUGGACAUAUGGACUACCACAGCAAAUAGGAAUGCAAAUUUCCCACUGUCUAGAGACUCGAGUUACUGUGGGAAUGUGUGAAAAGAAUUGGAUUUUUAAACAAUGUGAAUAAAGAGGUUUGUGUUUUGAUUACUUGCGUAAACUGGUUGUUGAGAUAGCUUAAGACAUUGGUGGAUAUUUUGGCACUUUUAUAUGAAAAUAAAUUUUUUUAAUGAAAUCUGGGUGCUCUAUUUUUUAAACCCUUCAUAGAUCAAUGGUAGAAACUAAGCAGCCCUAUAUCAUAACUUAAUUUAAGUGUGUCACACACGCCAAAUGUUUUAAGUCAGAACAAAGGAGACUUCAAAGAAGGUGAAAGUUGAGGCAGACAUGGCUGCUGUGGCUUCCCCUUCCCAAGCAUCAGAAUUAUGUCGGAGCUUUCAGAGAAGUUGCUCAAGCGCCAUUCCCAGAGAUUCUAAUUUAAUUGAUCUGUGGCUCAGGCAAUCAGGAAGUUUUAAAAAGUUCUUCAUUGAUCGUAAUGUGCUAGUUAGGAAAGCCCAGUGUAGCAGAAAGUGACCUUCCCAGACGGACUCUGCUCAGGGUACAGGGGUGGUUCUUUCUGAUCCUGGCUGCUGGGAUGAAGCAGAGAGCCUUGUGCUGUUCUAUCAGUCCUAGUUGCAGUAAGGACUGUUCCCUCCCCUCUAUGCCAGUCACUGUGCACAGUGACAGCAUCAGGGACAUGCUGGUAAGUGGUUUCCCUCCUAGUGGGGGAUAAGUAGCUGAUGCAUGUUUUGCCAGACCAGUUUGUAUCUGCUUGUCAUUGAUUUUAGAAGUCCAUAGUAUGGUGGAGUUACCUGUUUGCAUGUGUAAACUUUGGACACAUUUUAACUUUUAAUAAAAAUUUCUUAUUUUUA